ACAGAAGAGAAGUGAUCAGGAAUUGUUCUUCACACAGUGGUUUGUCUACUUCACUGUGUGGUCGGAAAAAUGAUGAGGAUCUCUAUGGAUGUUCCUUUAGCGGUGCUCUUCCUUUUCGUCUGCUGCAGUGAGUUUUGCAGAGCAGGGGGUGUCCCGCCACUUCUGCAGCAAGAAACUGUGCAAGGUUCCUAUGCCCAACAACCAGAAACAAGAGUUGCCUCUUCUGAUGCAUUGCUUUCAAGUGAAGUUGAAUACGUUGAUGGACCACUAGUACCGCUCUAUGAUUUCCUCAUACAGAGAAGACUUACAAAAUUUUGCAAAUUGCUGAGAGAUGCCGGACUAGAGGAAACACUCAUUAAUCUAGGAAGCUACUGGACGCUUUUUGUUCCAACUGAUUCUUCUUUCUUCUUCUUGCCCGGUGGAACAUUGGAGAAUUUAAAGAGGAAUCCUCAGCAGCUGAGGGAUUUCAUUCUCUACCAUUUCGUCAGUGGAGAUCUCCCCUCCUCACAAAUCGUCAACGAACUCCUCGUUGACUCAGUACAAGGAGCACCCCUCCGAUUCAACAUCUAUGGACAGUUAAUUACAGUUUCUGGAGCGCAGAUAGUGGAGAGUGAUUUACAGUAUGAAUUGGGUAGAGUGCACAUAGUGGAUCGUCCACUUCAUCCUAUUCCAACCGGAGAUACCGUAUCGUACUUGAGUACAUCACACAAACGAUUGUACAGAUUACAUUCGAGUGGAACAUUCACUAUCUUGGCUCCUGACGAUGACGCUUUUAGUUUCCUGAGCGCAGAGUUCAUGGAUGCCCUAUCCGCUAACAGAAGUCUGUCUGAAAGAGUCCUGCUGAAUCACAUUCUUCCGGGAAGUUUGUAUACCGGUGGCAUCACUGAUGGCAUGCAGUGGGAAACUGUUGGGGGAGCCAUGAUUACUUUCACCAUUAAACGAGGCUUGGUGUUUGCAAAUGAGAUACCAAUCGUGUUGCCAGACAUACCUUUUACGAAUGGAGUAAUACAGGUUUUGAAUAGAGUACUUUUACCAGAAGGAGUCGAAUUUGAUUGUCAGUGUAAGCCGUCAACCACUACAGCUCAACGUACUCCCUCCCAGGCACCUGGUCAGACGCAGAGGACAAAUGUACCAACUACAAGAAGGCCUUCACAGCAGCAAUUUCCAAGACAAACCCCUAGACCAUCAGGGAGACAAACUCCGGGAAGUUUUGAUCAAAGAAGACCGAUUGCAAGUCAAACAGCCAGACCAACGGUUCCAACUCAAAGACCUUUCAAUCCUCCUAUCGGUCGACAACCAAGUCCAGGUCAAUCAACAGGCUCUCGAACCCCCGGUCAACCGACUGGGCAACCUUUUCCCGAAGAUGAUUUAAAUUCUGUCCUUGAGCCUAAUAUUCAAAUCGGAAGUGGACAGAAGAGACCAGAACAAUCAAGAACCACUCGUUUCCCACCACCACCUGCAAGGCGCACUCAACCACCUCGACCAACUCCUCGCGUGCCAACUCAUUCCCCAAGAGUUCAACCACCUAGACAGCCUGUACAACCUGCGCGACCACAAUCUCCUAAUGUACCAGAACAACCCGCUUUCGAUAAUAAUCAAGUGCCAGAUAUUCUCCCAGUAACACAAGCUCCUCAAACAAACAGAUGGGAUAUUCGUCAAUCUCAACCACCAAGGCAACCUACGCCUCCUAGAGGUUCAUACCUGACACCAACAACCCGAUCAUUUAAUCAAGUCACGCAACCAGCUCGUGGAAGAAUCCCUGUCCGCAGCACGGUAGCAAGUUUUGGACCGACAACGCAAGCUCCACUGGUCGUUCCUCAAACGCCCUCCGUAACAUCAUGGCAGCAACGAAAUCAAGGAUCAUGGACUACUAGACAGCAACCCAGGAGUACAAGACAACCUUCCAGAGUUCCUCCAAUGCCACAAAGACCAUCACAACCAAGACCUGGAAGUUUUCCAACUCCAAUACCUAUCGUCACAAAUGGACCAUUUGAAUCUAACCGACAAACACCAUCAUGUCGUGGACCAGGAGAGCAAAUAACUCCUGCUACACAAAAUCUUCCAAUAUGCCCUGAAUCUCCUCAAGAAAGUUGCCAAAAUCCUCCUUACAAUCCGAGAGAUUCAAGGCCAUUAUGCCCCAGUGACUCCGGAUGUAGACAGCCAAGUGAACCUUUCAAUCCGUCAGAUACCAGACCUCUCUGCCCACAACCAAUUCCUGGUCAAGGGUGCAGAAAUUUUGGAGAUCCAACUUACGUUGGUGACCGAAGGCCUGUUUGUUCUCCUCCUAGUCAGAUUGGAUGCCGUGAUCCAUCUUCACCUUUCAAUCCUUCAGAUAGUCGACCUUUAUGUGCCACAAGUGGUCCGAAUGAUAUUAAUAUUUCAAACGAUAUUUCUCGACAAGACUGUAGACGUUCUGAUGAACCAUUUAGUCCUCAAGAUACAAGACCACAGUGUCCCCAAGAAAAUCAACCGGAUUGUCGACCUUUUAAUGAACGCCCAAAAGCGGGAGAUAGGCGACCCUUGUGUAGAACCAACAACCAAGUACCACAACAGAGACCACCAGUUCAACCUAGACCUCCUACACAGCAAAGACCGCCUACUCAGCAGAGACCGCCAGUGCAGCAAAGACCUCCAACGCAACAAAGACCUCCUAUUCAGCAAAGACCUCCAGCUCAGCAAAGACCCUCACAUGUCACUAAAGGUCAGACUUCAAUUCCUGGACGCACGCCACAAACUCAACGGCAACCUGUUUUUCAACCAAAUGUACAAAAUCCAGCUUCCCAAACAACUAGAAGACCAUCGUGGCAGCCUACUCAAGCUCCUCAAGGAGAAGCCCAACCUUCUCGACCUUUCAGUCCGCAAAAUGCAGGUAACCUAGCUCCUAUUCCAGGUGGUGUUAGACCACCUUCAUCACAGCCUCAGCGUCCUGGAUCAUUUCAACCUGGUUCUCGUAUACCUCAACCGCAAUCACCCAACACCGGAUCUUUGCCAUCAGAUACAGGAAACGUAGAACCUCAGUCUCCACCUCAAGAUAUUUCCCAGCCCAAUCCACCACAACCUGGUAGCUUCCGACCAUCUAAUCCCCCUGUUUCUCGACCCUAUCCAACCAGACCUCAAGCGAUUUCAAGGGUAUCGGUUGUGACCCAGCCUCCAAGGUCUGGUUCUCAAGGCUCAUACCCAACUAGAAUGCCAUCUGGAGUAUCUCAACCACCUCAAUCGCAGGUCUUCCAAAUAAAUCGGCCAGGUAGUACACCAGGGGUGAGUCAGCCAUUCACUCCACAGAGACAACAACCUCAACGUCCACAGAUAAUACCAUCCACUUCUUUACCUGGAAGGGGUACAAGUGCACCGAGGUUACCGGUAUCUGUAACAGGAACAUCUACUACUUCCGGAGACGAUUCUAGACGAUCUUUAUAUGAAAUUGUCGAAGACCCUUCACUUCUCAUUCAAGGCCAACCAGUGAAAUUGACUAAAAUACUCUCUCUUUUCCAAAAAGCAGGCAUUGAAGAUAUUCUUACAGGACCAGGGCCUACCACUGUGUUCCUCCCGUCAGAUGAUGCAUUCGCAUCUUUGCCUCAGGGAGUCGUGGACCAACUGGAAGAGAACCCCGAACUUCUGAGGCAGGUACUCCUGUAUCACGUGACUACCGUUGAGAUCUUGCCCAGUGCCGAGAGUGACAGCUACACUGUUCCGACAAUGGAAGGAACGCCACUGGUCAUAACAAUGCUCAGGGGUGGAAGACUGAUAAUAAUCAGUGGUGCUAAAGCUAUAGCCGUCACCAGGGCUAAUAAUGGAAUAUUCUACGUCAUCAACCAACUCCUCUAUCCACUGCCCCACCCGGACAUUGUUGGAGCUGUCCAGUCACGUCCUGAUCUCUCCAUCUUGUCGUGGUUCCUUUCUCAGAGUGGUCUUAACGAUCUCCUAACAGGUGACACACCACACACUCUCUUAGCUCCAACGGAUAAUGCCUUUGCACAGUUGCCGAAUGCAGUAUACGAAGAAUUGACUCAGAACAUGACAGCUUUACAAGAGAUCUUGAUGAACCAUGUAAUUGAUGGUGCACACUAUGGUCGCGAAUUCUUCACUGGACCCACAUUCGCAAGUGCCAGAGGAGGGAAAUUAAAAUUUCAAGUCGUUAGCUAUGGUUACCAGGUGAAUGAAGUGAAUGUGAAAACUCCAGAAAUAGUGACGGGAUCUGGCGUCGUCCACUUAAUAGAUCAAGUCUUGAUUAAUGAUGCAGAUUUGAAAUUCCUCAACACGCAAGAGAAUUCUAUCACAGGGGGAGAUAGUGUUUCCACCACUGGUCAGCAACUUCCAAGAAGCGACAUUCAACCAAAUAUUGGACAACUAGUUCCAAAUCCUCAGACACCUGGAAAUCAACACGUAUUUGACAUCCAGCGAAUUCCUCAAAGCCAGCCCCAAGUGACAGGACUAAUGCAACCACCUGCUCGACAACAAACAAAUCCAAGGAUACCAACCGGGCAAGUGUCUCCGACUGGCCAGCAACGCAAUCGCGGUCAAACUCAAGGCACGGGACAAAGACUACCAGGUCCAUCUCAAGCAUCACGCAGCCCGAACCAUGGUGGACAAAGACAAUCUUCGGUUCAAGCUCAGUCUCUGUCAAGUGGAUCUGCCUCUAACGUUGCUGAUCUCGCAAGAUCUAUGGGAUUGAAUAGAUUUGCUAAUUGGAUUACAAACACCGGCCUUCUUGAAAAAAUCCAUGAUGGAGGUGUAUACACUGUGUUUGCCCCAACAGACGACGCCGUCAAUGCGCUUCCACAAGACAUGUCGAAUUCCAUAGACUCGAGUCCAGAGCAGACAAAAUCCCUUCUGCAAUACCACAUCAUACCUCAGAGGGUCAAUCUGAAUUCUUUGAGAAAUGAAGAAACCUCGUCCACCUUGCUUCAGGGGCAGAAGAUUCGCUUCAAUGUCUAUCAGGGAGCUCACAUCAACUGCAAACAAGUGGUGACGGCUUCGGGUACUCCAGUUGGGGAUGCACUGGCCACAAUGGGUUCCAUCCAACUCAUUCCAGUGACGCAAGUGCUCUACCAGCCCACGGGCAACCUCUUGAAUAUUAUUGAGGCUUCACCUAUUCUACAGAAUCUUGCUCAGGCCAUGCGUACCUCCCAAGUCACGUGGAUGCUCUCAGGAACAGGACCUCUGACUUUCUUCGCUCCGAGUGACACAGCUUUCCAAUCACUGAGCCCAGAAGAAAGGAAAUCCCUUAUUGACAACAAACAGGCAUUCACAGAAUUAUUGAAGCGACAUCUGGUGAGAGGAACAUACUUCUCAAGUGGGGUUCAGGAAGAUCUAGAGAAAAAGAGUGACAACAACCAGCCCCUGAAAAUUUCUCUUAAUGAAGGUGUUAUGACAGUCAAUUCUGUUCCGGUAUCAUUCUCAGAUAUCACAGCUACGAACGGAGUACUCCAUGUGAUAGACCAGUUCUUACUAUAACUGCUACGACCAUACCUGUUAACAAGGAACCAUUUAUUUCAGCCAAAUAUGUUACUUGUUCCAAAUGAGAAAGGAACAUGCCAUUUUUUUAUGUUGCAUUUUUGUUACAAUAAAAGUUUUUUUGAAAAAAAAA